AUGGCAGGGGCCUGGAGGGCACUCCUGCUGAUGGCGGGUGUGGCAGUGAUGGUCUGUGCGGCCCAGCGCCAGAGCUAUGAGGAGAUUGUCACCCAGGCCUUGCAGGUCUUCAACUACGGACGACUAGGUAAACCCCUGUUCGGCUUGCUGGCAGUCAACCCGCAGCCUGGCACGAACUCCACCACCUUGACGCUGCUCAGCUUCAGGGUUAAAGAGACGGUGUGCGUCUCGCGGCGAAGGCAGAGACGGCCGCCGCAGGAGUGCACCUUCAGGGAAGGCGGGGAGGAGAGGGACUGCAGCGGCUCCUUCUUCAGGCUGAGGCGCUUCCGCAUCCUCACGGUCGACUGCACUCCGGUCGAAAGGCGCCAGGAGGAGGUCUCCCGGAGGAAGCGGUCUGCCGAGUCCCCUGGGGCAGCCACCCCGGAUUUUGACCGCUCCAAGCUGCCUCCUGCGGUCAGGGACAUGUAUGAUAAAGCCAAGUACGACAUCAUCACCAACAUCCUGAGGAAUUUCUAGGGCUGGCUGGAGAAGGAAGGGGAGGCCCUGCAUCCCCACCACAACCUCCUCUUCCUCCCUGCUCACAUCCUCUGCCACCCGCAGCACCCCCUUUCCUGCAUGGGCUGAGCCCAUCCACAUUUUUCUGCUUCUGCACACCUGCUUCCCUCCACCUGGGCUUCUGGCCUAUCCUGGGUCUGUAAAUCCUACUCAUCCUUCGAGGCACAGGUCCAAAGUCACCUCCUCCAGGAAGCCCCCCCUGCUCUCCCCUAGGCAAAAGUGUUCACCCCUUAUCAGAGCAUUCAGGAUCCUCAAACCACGUGGCCAGACGGCACUGUGUGUUCUCCCAGCUGUGCCCUCCAGAGCCAGCUGCGGGUGGCAGUGGAAGGAGUUUAUCAGUGAGGUGCUCCUGGGAGGGGCGUUUCUUGUGUGCAGGACCCUGAGUACCCCUGCUCCCUGCCCCUUCACGGAGACAAUAAAUGUCCCUUCACAUCUGCAGGGGGUCCUGCAUCCAAGGGGGUCAGCCCAUCCUUGGGGAGAGGCUCAAUAAAAUAUUUCUGAAAUAAGUGAU